AACCUUGGUCGGCCAGUCGACUCGUGGAGUGAUAUAAUAGUUUAUCUCGGUGUACAGAAAUUAGAUCGCGCAACCCGUAAAGCGUGGGAGUUUAAUUUAGGUGACACUUCCGAGUAUCCGACUUAUCACGAAUUUGAUGCGUUUCUGGAAAAAAGAAUUCACGCGCUAGAAGCAAUGCCGUCUAUAAAACGCGAAAAACAACCCGAAUAUGACAGAACAAAAUUUAUUCGCUCCAAACCAGUUACAGCACUCGCUACAACAACAAAUCAAUUAUCAUGCGCGGUCUGUAAACAGCACCAUCUCAUUUACCAAUGCCCUAGUUUUUUAGCAAAAACUCCACAGGAGCGAUACACGAUUAUCCGAAAGCAAGAACGAUGCAUUAAUUGUUUUUCAUCGACACACUCGACUAUACAAUGCAAGAGCGCUCAUUGUUGCAAGGAGUGCCAAUCGAAACAUCAUACCCUGUUACAUUUUCGCAAUACCAAUGACGCCUCCAAUGUCGCACAAAGGACGAGUCCCGCCGCCUCCGAUCACGAAGUAACGAACGUUUUAAAUCUAGCCUCUAAUAAACCGAUCAAAACAAACAUUCUCCUUUCUACAGCUAGAGUUCGAGUGCGCUCACGGAAUGGCCGGUGCAUUGUUGUAAGAGCGCUACUCGAUCAAGGCUCAGCAGCGACACUCAUUACCGAGUCCUUAGCUCAACUACUCCGUCUUGAUAAAUCGACACAAUUUACCAAGAUUAGUGGCAUCGGAGAGACUCAGUCCUUUGCACGUUACGUCGCACCAAUCGUUCUCACACCGCUAGAGAGAUCCGAACCGGCAUAUACAGCGCACGCGAUCAUAAUUGACAAACUCACGAGCUUCUUCUGCAGGGGGUGAGGAAAGGCCC